CCUCCCUCUUCAAGGCCUCUUUCCCAAUUUCUGUGCUGCAGGAACCCGGGAAUUCGGAGGCUCGGCACCCACCAGUGCUCCGGAGUCCAGGAGAUUUCAAGAUGCUACAAGUACGUAGGACCAAACUGAGCAGUCUGGGCCUCUGCCUGACCAGGGGUCUUAAACACAAAGCUGUGAUGGCAGUGAGGCGGGAGGAUGUGAACGCCUGGGAGAGAAGGGCACCACUAGCUCCCAGGCACAUCAAAGGCAUCACCAAUCUGGGAUACAAAGUUUUAAUCCAGCCUUCUAAUCGACGAGCAAUUCACGACAAGGAAUAUGUCAAAGCUGGUGGCAUUCUUCAGGAAGAUAUUUCUGAAGCUUGUUUAAUUUUGGGAGUUAAAAGACCUCCUGAGGAAAAAUUAAUGUCCAAGAAGACUUACGCAUUUUUCUCCCACACAAUAAAAGCUCAGGAGGCCAAUAUGGGCUUGUUGGAUGAGGUUCUCAAACAGGAAAUUCGCCUUAUUGAUUAUGAGAAAAUGGUGGAUCAUAGAGGAGUCCGAGUGGUAGCAUUUGGGCAGUGGGCAGGUGUGGCAGGAAUGAUCAACAUUUUACAUGGAAUGGGGUUAAGACUCCUUGCUUUGGGACAUCACACACCUUUUAUGCACAUUGGCAUGGCCCAUAACUAUAGGAACAGCAGCCAGGCUGUGCAAGCUGUCCGUGAUGCUGGCUAUGAGAUAUCUCUGGGUUUGAUGCCAAAGUCUCUAGGUCCCUUAACAUUUGUUUUCACAGGGACUGGUAAUGUAUCAAAGGGAGCCCAAGCAGUCUUCAAUGAACUACCUUGUGAAUAUGUGGAACCACAUGAAUUAAAAGAAGUUUCUCAAACUGGAGACCUGAGAAAAGUAUAUGGUACGGUGUUAAGUCGCCAUCAUCAUCUUGUCAGGAAAACAGAUGGUGUAUAUGAUCCUGUAGAGUAUGACAAAUACCCUGAACGCUACAUAAGUCGUUUUAGUAUUGAUAUUGCACCCUAUACAACUUGUUUGGUUAAUGGAAUUUACUGGGAACAACACACUCCUCGCUUACUAACACGGCAAGACCUUCAGAAUCUCCUGUCUCCAGGCAAGUUCUCAGGUGUUGGUGCUGAUGGCUGCCCUGCAUUGCCAAACAAACUUGUGGCAAUAUGUGACAUCUCAGCUGACACAGGAGGGUCCAUAGAGUUUAUGACUGAAUGCACAACUAUAGACCAUCCUUUUUGCAUGUAUGAUGCAGACCAGCAUAUUACACAUGACAGUGUUGAAGGCUCUGGAAUUCUGAUGUGUUCCAUUGACAAUUUGCCGGCUCAGCUUCCAAUUGAAGCUACAGAAUAUUUCGGAGACAUGCUUUACCCUUAUGUUGAAGAAAUGAUCUUAUCAGAUGCAACACAGCCUCUUGAAAGUCAGAAUUUUUCCCCUGUGGUGAGAGAUGCUGUGAUUACAUCCAACGGUAUAUUGCCCGAUAAAUAUAAAUAUAUCCAGAAACUCCGAGAGAGCAGGGAACGUUCUCAGUCACUUUCAAUGGGUACCAAGAAAAAGGUCUUGGUUCUUGGAACUGGUUAUGUCUCUGAGCCUGUACUGGAAUACCUGUCAAGAGAGAACAACAUAGAGAUAACAGUAGGUUCAGAUAUGAAGAAUCAACUUGCACAGUUAGGCAAGAAAUACAGUAUUAAUCCCAUUAGCAUGGACAUUGGUAAACAAGAAGAGAAGUUGCAUUCUUUGGUGGCAAAACAAGAUCUUGUCAUCAGCUUGUUACCUUAUGUAUUGCAUCCUCUUGUGGCCAAGGCGUGUAUCACAAGCAAAGUUAACAUGGUCACUGCAAGUUACAUUACACCACCAAUGAAAGAAUUAGAAAAGAGUGUGGAAGAUGCCGGCAUCACAGUCAUUGGUGAAUUGGGAUUGGACCCAGGUCUUGAUCAUAUGCUGGCAAUGGAAACAAUAGAUAAGGCCAAGGAAGUGGGAGCUACGAUUGAAUCUUAUACUUCCUACUGUGGUGGGCUUCCAGCUCCUGAACAUUCAGACAAUCCUUUGAGAUACAAAUUCAGCUGGAGUCCUGUGGGAGUUUUGAUGAACAUAAUGCAGCCUGCCACCUAUCUGCUGAAUGGAAAGGUGAUGAAUGUCACAGGAGGCAUCUCCUUUCUGGAUUCAGUUACUACCAUGGACUAUUUCCCAGGAUUAAAUUUAGAAGGCUAUCCUAACAGAGACAGCACCAAGUAUGCUGAGAUUUAUGGCAUUCAGUCUGCUCACACGUUAUUGAGGGGCACCCUGAGAUACAAGGGAUAUUCCAAAGCUUUGAAUGGAUUUGUCAAAUUGGGCCUUAUAAACAGAGAUGCAUUUCCUGCCCUGCAAGCUUCAGCUAAGCCUCUCACAUGGAAAGAACUCCUCUGCAGUCUUGUUGGGAUUUCACCUUCUGCCAGCCAUGAUGUACUUAAGGAAGCUGUUUUUAAUAAACUGGGAAGAGACAGUACCCAGCUGGAGGCCACUGAAGGGUUAGGUUUACUUGGUGAUGAGCAAGUCCCUCAGGCAGAGUCUGUAGUGGAUGCACUCUCCAAGCAUUUGGCCAUAAAACUCUCUUAUGGUCCUGGAGAGAAAGAUAUGAUUGUGAUGAGAGACAGUUUUGGAAUCAGACAUCCAUCUGGACACCUAGAACAUAAAACCAUUGAUCUUGUGGUUUAUGGGGAUGUCAAUGGCUUUUCAGCCAUGGCUAAAACUGUGGGGUUACCGACUGCUAUGGCAGCCAAGAUGCUACUUGAUGGUGAAAUUCAAGCUAAGGGCCUGAUAGGACCAUUUUCAAAGGAGAUCUAUGGACCAAUAUUGGAGAGAAUUAAAGCAGAAGGCAUUAUAUAUAACACACAGAGCACAAUCAAACCAUGAUUGAAAAUUGCAUCAUGUUUUUAUUUCACAGACAAUAUAGCUAUUAGCCUUUGUACAACAUGCUUGCUAAAGUGCUAUUUUAAAGUAUAAAGUAUGACAUGUUUUUAUAAAGUCAAUACAAUGGUGUUUGUGAAACAUAAAUCUCUAUUUAAUAUGAAAGCAUCUGAAACAAGCGAAGACAAUGAUUACCUGAGAAAAUUAAUAAUCUGACCAUGUAUAUUUCAUGUGUAUGUAAAAGUGAUGAUGAUUGGGUUAUUUGUUAAUUUAUUUUGUAUUUUCGUACAAAAAUAUAUUUUCCUACAAUCAACAGGUGAAGCUCUAUCUUUUCUGUAACACAAAUUUCUUCAUAUAACUAUAUUUUUAUAUAUUUCAAAUUGAUUCACUUAGAUACAUUUAGAAUAAAUAACUAGAAACCUUAACAAUAAUGCUAUUUUAUACCCCUUAGAUAAAAUUAUGCUUUCUUUAGUAAAUGUAUUUAUUAUAGUUUUUGUGAGUGUUUAGAAAAGGGGGUUUAUAAGGUUAAAUUAUAAUUCAUGUGUACAGAUCUUAUGGCAAGCAAAAGCAUUUAACAACCUCCUAUUAUUAUAUUUUCAAGGUUAAAGACUAAAAAGAGAGAGAAAGAGAAUAGAUGGGAACUUUUUUUUUUAACAUGAUGAAGAUCAUUUAUGAAAAACUUGUAAUUAGCAGCAUACUUAAUAAUGAAAGACAGAAGGACUUCCCUCUAACAUCAGAAAUAAGACAAGGAUGCCUGUGCUUGUCUUCUAUAAAACUCAUUUUUUUAGGCUCUAUCCAGUGAAAUUAGGUCUUAAAUAAAAUAAAAGUUAUCUAGAUUGUAAAAGGAGAAGUAAAACUAUAAUGUGGGUUGUGUAAUUCCUUUGAAAAUCCAAAGGAAUACUCUAAGAAAACAUUUAGAAUUAAUAACUGAAUGAGCAAACUUACAGGGAAUAACAUCAAUUGUACUUCCAUAAAAUGUGAGUGUAACAACAAUAAUAUUAAGAAAGUAAUUAUAAUUACAAUAGAAUGCAAAAGGUAAAACAGAAAUGGAAUAGACAGUUUAGAAGUAGUCAUAACAUUUGUGAUUGAUUUUUUGAAUAUCAGAUUUCAUGCAAAAUGAUGAAGUUGAACUUCUACCUCACAAAAAAAACACGCAAAAUGAGCCAAAGAUUUAAAUGUGAGAACAAAGGCUAUAUAGCCUUCAGUAGAAAAUGAGGAAUGCAUUUUCAUAAUUUUGGGUUAGACAGUGGUUUAUUAAUUAGAUGAUAUCAAAAGUACAAGAUACAAAAAUGUAGACAAAUUAGAUGCCAUUAAAUUAUAAAGUAUUUGUGGUUUUUAAGGACAUAAUUAAAGCAAAACUCAGUCUAUAGAAUAAGAGAAGAUUAUUGCAAAUUGUAGGUCAGAUAAGAGAAUUGGGGUUUAAAAAUAUAAAUAAAUGUUGUUACUCAAUAAAAAUAAAUAGCCCAAGUUAAAAAAUGAGCAAAAUAUUUAAAUUGAUAUUUCUCCAAAGAAACCAUUCAAAGACCAAUAAACACAUAAGCUUGACAUCUAAUUAGCUAGCAGGGAAAUGCAAAUCAAACUUGUACUGAGAUAUUACUUUAUAGCCUGCAUGAUAUUACUUUAUAUCCUGCAUGAUAACUAUUAUCAGAAAAGUAUUGGAGGGGAUGUGUAUUGGUGGGAAUACAAAAUUGUACAAUCAGUUGGGGGAAGACUGAGAGUUCCUGAAGUCAUAAAGAUAUGAGUAAAAAAUUCCCCUACUAGAUAUGUCUACAUAAAACUUAUAAAGACAUGUUAAUACCAGUCAUUAUUCAUAAAGGCAAAAAUAUGAAUAGGUAAACAUACACCAUAUACACCAUAUAAUAAAUGAAUAAACAAGAUGUGUCAUAGUUACACAAUGGAAUUUUUUGACAAUACAAAAGAAAUGACAGACUUAUAUAUGCUGCAACUUGGAUGAACCUUGGAAA